CCGUGCAAUACCCGCUGUUUUGAAAGCUAAGCGUCCACGGCAUGCCUGAAAGCUUAUUGGCUGCACAUUCGAAGGAAAUAUGAUUCAGCCAGCGUCAACAAAGCCGGCAAGCGAUAAGUCUCAUUAUUUUGUCCAGUUUCUCAUUUCACGCCCUGCCCUAAAGUCGCUUUUCGUUGCGCUGAAGCUAUAACCAUGAUGUACUCCAAGGCUGUAGUAGUCCAGGCAGCGAACAUGUCGCUGGGUGCAAUGCAUUGCACGCGAUGCGCCGACGGCUUUGAGCCCACUGAGAAGAUUGUCAACUCCAAUGGAGAACUGUGGCACACACAGUGCUUUGUAUGUGCCCAGUGCUUCCGACCCUUCCAGGAUGGCAUAUUCUACGAGUUCGAGGGCCGCAAGUACUGUGAACGUGACUUUCACGUGCUCUUCGCUCCCUGCUGCAACAAAUGUGGCGAGUUCGUCAUCGGACGGGUCAUUAAGGCCAUGUCAGCUAGCUGGCAUCCACAGUGCUUCCGCUGCCAAUUGUGCGCCAAGGAGCUGGCUGAUUGCGGGUUCAUCAAAAACCAGAACCGCGCCUUGUGCCACGAGUGCAAUGCCAAGGUGAAGGCGGAGAUUACCGGCCGCUAUGUAUGCCAAAAAUGCCACGGCCUCAUCGACGAGGAGCCUUUGCGAUUCCGAGGUGAAGUGUACCACGGCUAUCACUUUAGUUGCACGGCCUGCGGCACCGAGUUGGAUUCUACUGCUCGGGAGGUCAAGAGCCGGCCAGGACUGGCUGCUAACGAUAUGAACGAACUCUAUUGUCUGCGUUGUCACGAUAAAAUGGGCAUUCCCAUAUGUGGCGCCUGUCGUCGGCCAAUUGAGGAGCGGGUGGUAACGGCGCUCGGAAAGCACUGGCAUGUGGAGCAUUUCGUUUGCGCCAAGUGCGAGAAGCCCUUCCUGGGUCACCGCCACUACGAGAAGCGGGGACUGGCCUACUGUGAGACGCACUAUCAUCAGCUCUUUGGCAACCUGUGCUUCGUCUGCAACCAGGUUAUUGGAGGCGAUGUUUUCACUGCCUUGAACAAGGCCUGGUGUGUGCACCACUUUGCGUGCUCCGUGUGUGACACGAAGAUGACACAAAAGUCAAAAUUCUACGAGUACGACGAGAAGCCGGUGUGCAAAAAGUGCUAUGAUCAGUUUCCGAACGAACUGAGACGACGUCUGCGCACCGCCCACGAGAUGACAAUGAAAAAGAACACCUAAUGCCUUAGACAGAGUCUUAGAUCCACACCAAACAGUGCCUUUGUCGUUGUAAACCUGCUUUCACUACCAUUUUUAACAUUUUAGAAACUAAAACCUUUUGUGCAUGUCUUUUCAAUCUGUUGUAAUCCUGUUGUCUGUAUUUUCAAUUGUAAAUCGUGAAUCAACGGCAUCACUAUAUAGGGAACAUAACAUUGUGUAUUAACAGCCUUUAACGUUGUUAUAUUUUAUUGAAUUUUAUUUAUAUAUAAAUGUUUUAAAAUCAUCAAA